UCACGAAUGAUUAAAAGUUUUCUCCUUUUUACGAAUUAGAUUUUAAAUCAUGAUCGUUCACAGGUAAUAAUUAUUAACGUUUAAAUAAAACAUAGGUAAACAUUAAAUGUUUUAUUGCACGUAAUUGUUUUGAUAGUUUUAAAAGAUUGAACUCUAUGUGUCACCCUCGGUCGUAAAAGAAGGGAGAGGAAGGAAGACAAAGAAACAAGAUGGUUUCCAAUUUGAUCCGAUGGAAAGCGCUGUAGUAGCGGGACGCGGCGACAAGUGCGACGGGUAUCGGUGAUUAGGAGGGAAGAAGAGGACAAGAAGAGAGGGCUAAGCCCGUGAAAAAAGGACGAGUGGUAGAAAGAGAAAGGGAGAGGGAGAACAGGAGCGCAUGCCGCAGCCACGGCCCCCAACUUGCCCUAAACUCGUGCGAGCAGGCUCUAUCGUCGGUCGAAUUUUAAUGGCGGCUUAUUCCGACUCUCUGUUCAGUGUUGUGUUGUGAAUCGACGGACACAUUGUUCGAAUUUACACACGUGCGGACUAGCUGACACGAAGGACCGUAACUUCUUGUCAAAUAGAAAAACAAGUUUUCGAUUGUGUACGACGGUGUCCCGUCGUAGAAAAUAUUCGAUCGAGAUAGAGGCUCACGAGACAUGGUGCAUAUCCGCGAUGUGCCGUAGCCGUGGCGACUCACCUCACAUCGGAUUCUUUCACAUUAGAGCUGUUUCGUACGUCUUCACUCUUUCGUGGAAAAGGGGUACCGGACAGUGAGCACCAUGUCGGUACCUGGUCAUACAUAUUGCUGGUAGUAACGUAUUCAUAUUGGCGUUCUACCAGCGGUUAUUAUACCCUGAUUAUAUCUAUUAAGCUUCCUACCCUAGCCUUGCAUACGCACAAACGCACACGCCUAGCGUGCGCGCACGUGCUUUGCUAGGUGUCGUAUACACACCAUGAGAUUCCUGGAAUAUAGAACAUUUUCUAUUUCAUCGAUAUUUUCACCGUGCUUGCUGCAACCGUCCUUCCAUGGAUCAUUAUUUUCGUCCAUGUCUGUUGCCACUUGGUUUUUAGUGGUAUUGGUAACUGCAGCAAUAGACACCCCUGCUAGUACUACCGUGCCACCACAAGAGAAUAAAUCACCUCACAUUACUGCACAGUUUCCUGCAGAAGAAAGUCAACAAUAUGGAUUUUAUGCCUUAGAUCCAAAUACAACGAGAGAAGGUGCCCUAAGAUUUAAUCAUCUAGCCAUAGAUCCUAUGACAAAAAGACUCUAUAUUGGAGCUGUUAACAGGCUUUUACAGCUUGAUUCCAACCUUAAGCUUGAAGAACAUGUUUCAACAGGACCAAUAUUGGAUAAUCCCCAGUGUCAUGCCACAGGCUGCUCUUCAAGAGAUACAACUACGCUAAUGAACAAUGUAAACAAGCUUCUUAUUGCUGACCUUGAAUCACGGACCUUAAUUGCAUGUGGUUCUCUUCGUCAAGGUGCUUGUGAAAAGUACAAAAUGUCGAACAUAUCUAUCAAGCCAGAGUUUAUUCCUCUCAGUGUAGCAGCUAACGAUGAAACAUCUUCUACAUAUGCUUUCAUUGGUCAAAGUUACAAUCCAUGGGGAAAGACAAAUAUUCUGUAUGUAGGUACAACGUUUACCAAUAGAGGAGACUAUCGUCAUGACGUACCUGCCAUUUCGAGCAGAAAUCUUCGUAAUUUAGAAUUUGCAGAAUUUUCAUUUAACAAACAAUCGAUAGUAUACAUCGAUGUUAAAUAUAGAGAUCAUUUUUUAGUCAAAUAUGUUUAUGGGUUUAAUGCAAGUGAUUAUGCAUACUUUGUAUUAGUACAGAAACAAUCUUAUCUUCCUGAACAAGAAGAAUUGGGAUAUACAUCUAGAUUGGCAAGGAUUUGUAUAAGUGAUCAAAAUUAUGAUAGUUAUACGGAAGUGACUUUACAAUGUAUGGUAGAUUUAGGAGAUGGAAAGCAACAUCUUUAUAAUUUGGUACAAGAUGCUAAAGUAGCAUCAGCAGGAAGCGAUUUAGCUAUGCAACUUGGGAUAUCUGUUGGUGAUCCUGUGUUUGUUUCUGUGUUUUCUCCGAGUAAAGGUAUCACAAACGAACCUCUAUCUCGUUCAGCAGUUUGUAUCUACAGUCUACAAGAUAUUGAGACGAAAUUUAACGAGAACAUUCAUAUGUGUUUCAAUGGUACUAUUAAGUAUCGCAACAUGGGUUACGUGAGUGGUCCGAUACAAGAUGGAAAAUGCCCUUCGGCCGGUAACACUGGGAAUAUCCUUAAUUUUUGUGAAGUGGGCUUGAAAAUUUCUGGCGUGUCACCUAUUGUAAGUCAAGCAAUUUUACAUUUUCCUGAUACAUUUGUGACUUCUGUGACUGUAGCAAAUACAGAAAGUCAUACAAUAGCAUUUUUUGGAACUGAUGACGGUAUAUUAAAGAAAGUUUUGCUUUCUGCUACUGAAGCUUUUGUUUAUGAAAGCAUUGUAAUUGAUAAAGGUCAAAAAUUAUUACCUGAUACAGCAAUCUCACCCGAUGGGGAAUAUAUAUAUGUAUUGUCAACUUCAAGAAUCUCAAAAGUCAAAGUGGAGCACUGUAAUAGUUACACUAAUUGCAGUAGCUGUCUUGAUGCAAAAGACCCUUAUUGCGGUUGGUGUUCCUUAGAAAAAAGGUGUACGGUAAGAGGUGACUGUCAGAAAGCAAGUCAUAGUAGCCCAAGAUGGUUAUCCUUAGGCACUGGUCAACAGUGUAUUGAUUUUGAACAAGUCUUUCCUGAUCAUUUACCUAUCAAUCAGAUGAUUACGGUUCAGUUAACAAUUAGAACAUUGCCUGAAUUACCAGCAGGUGCCAAUUACAAGUGCGUUUUUGGCAAUGCAGAACCAAUUGAUGCAUUGAUGACUGGCUUUGGUCUUUCCUGUCCUACACCACCCAUUUCUGAGAGGCCUAAUAUACUUGAUGGAACUGAUCAUGUUCUCGUGCCAUUGUCCGUACGUUCAAGCGAAACCAAUAAGGAUUUCGUUUCUCGAAACUUUGCAUUUUUUGAUUGCUCUAGACAUACUGUAUGUACUGAGUGUGUCAAAUCUCAAUGGGCAUGCAGUUGGUGUGUAUAUGAUAAUAAAUGUACACACAAUACAAGUUGCCAAGGUAUAAUAUCAGGAGAAAAUAAUCAAGCACAUCUUGCUGCACAUGGAGCUCAGUAUUGCCCUAGAUUCAUACCACAAAAGGAACCUUUGAUGUUGCCAAACAGUGUACCUAAAGAAAUCAUUUUAGAAGUUGAAAAUUUACCACACCCACAAGUAGGGCACAGUGGUUUUCAGUGUAUCGUUACGAUAGAAGGAGCUAAUUUAAAAGUUCAAGCAAGAGUUGACAGCAAUCGUUUUAUAGUUUGUGACAAAACUGUUUAUUCUUACGAAGCAUUCACGGGAAAAUAUAAAGCCGAAGUGACCGUUGUUUGGAAUACCAAUCAUUAUGUAGAUCAGACUAAAAUAAUUCUUUAUAAAUGUGAAGUACUUGGAUCGCAUAGGGAACAUGCAGACUGUUCGCUCUGUCUAACGAGAGAUCCUCGAUUUGAAUGUACAUGGUGUGGAAAUAGUUGUGUGUAUAAACAUUCUUGUUUACAUUCACCAUUUGCAGAAUGUCCAAAGCCAAGAAUAGAUAUGAUCAAACCCCUAAGCGGGCCAAUUGAAGGUGGUACAUUAGUUACCAUAGAAGGGAGUAAUUUAGGAUUAAAGAAAAGUGACGUUGAAGGGAAAAUACAUAUUGGCGAAACCCCAUGUACCUUGGUAGAUUAUGAAGUGUCCGUUCGUAUUGUCUGUCGAACAGGACGACAUGAAGCAACGGAUACAGCUUCCGUUGUUGUCGGUAAUGACGCUGGAUUUACAGAAAGUGCAGUGUUGUUUAAUUACAAGGACAUACGCCUGACUGGUAUUUAUCCAUCUGUUGGCCCACAAAGUGGCGGUACACAGCUUGCCAUUACUGGUAUGUAUUUAAAUAUUGGGAGUACGAUAUCUGCGUAUUUGGACGAAUUACCGUGUCAUGUGAAUGCAACGCAAGCAAGUAGUACUAGAUUGACUUGCGUUACAAGUAAAUCUGGUCGUGUCAGGAGGAUUCACAAGUUAACUUUAUCCAUCGAUGGAGCAAAUCGUACAUUAGUAAAUAAUCCAUUCAAUUAUACACACGAUCCUACCAUAAUGGAGAUCAAACCAUUGAAAAGCUUUGCUUCUGGUGGGCGAAUGAUAACCGUACAUGGCACAAAUUUGGAUACCAUCCAAAAGCCAGAAAUGGAAGUUUAUUUUGAUACCGAACCUACACCAGUAAAUCGUACCGUUUGUACGGUAUUAAAUCCAACACAAAUGGAAUGUCCAAGUCCUAGCGUUGCUGGAAGAUUCGUAUCUCUUCAUCGUAACGAACGUACGGCAACAGGUAGUCAUACUAUUUCACAUUCAAUAAGGCUUAAAGAAUCUCAAUUAUCCUUUAAAAUUGCAUUUAUUAUGGACAACGUGGAAAUUGUUCGAGACUUAGAAAAGCAUUUUCAAAGUCUCAGAAAUCGAUUAUUAUACGUCGAGGAUCCGAAGUUUUUUCCAUUUCCACGUAAUGUUAAGUUGUACAAAGGAGAUACGUUAGUUAUUGAAGGAGAAAAUCUUAAUUACGCAAGCGACGAAUCCGAUGUAAAUGUUACCGUGGGUAUGAUGCCAUGUAACGUUACUUCGCUUGCUUUGUCUCAAUUGGUCUGCACACCGCCGGAUCAACAGCCCGAUCAUACAGAUGAGCUUGGAAUAAAAACAGAAAAUGGUUUACCUUUGGUUGUGGUACGUGUCGGCAGGAGUUUACGAUUUCCUAUUGGAUAUCUUCAUUAUGAAGUUAUCAAGUCCUAUCCUAUACCACCGGAAGCAAUUGCAGGUAUCGCUGCUGGUACUUUUGGUCUUAUAUUCUUAUUCGUUUUGGUCUUGGUCAUUUAUAGAAGAAAAAGUACGCAAGCUGAAAGAGAAUAUAAAAGGAUUCAGAUACAGAUGGAUACUCUCGAAAGUAACGUUAGAAUGGAAUGUAAACAAGCAUUUGCUGAAUUGCAAACCGACAUGACGGAUCUAACAGCAGAUCUCGAAUCGUCCGGCAUACCGACGCUCGACCAUAAGAAUUACAUUAUGAAAGUCUUUUUCCCUGGGGUUAUAGAUCAUCCGAUAUUGAAUGAUCCACGAUCACGCAGCAAUGUCUCUCGCACAAAUUAUGACGCUGCAAUGGUGCAAUUUGAGCAACUUAUUAAUAAUAAAUACUUUGUAUUAACAUUCAUUGAAACUUUAGAGGCACAAAAAGACUUCAAUAUUAGAGACAAAGUUAACGUCGCUUCAUUAUUGAUGGUAGUAUUAAUGGGCAAAAUGGAAUAUGCAACUGAUAUACUUAUGAAUUUAUUACUUAGACUGAUCGAAAAAGCAGUUAAUACAAAGCAUCCGCAACUUAUGUUAAGGAGGACAGAAUCUGUAGUAGAAAAAAUGCUUACAAAUUGGAUGGCACUUUGUAUGUAUAAUUAUUUGAAAGAUUACGCAGGUUCAUCGUUAUUUUUAUUAUUCAAAGCUAUAAAACAUCAAAUAGAGAAAGGUCCUGUGGACGUUAUAACGCACGACGCACGUUAUUCAUUGUCCGAGGAAAGACUUUUACGAGAACAAAUUGAGCACAGCGUUGUGACUUUGCAUGUUGUACAAGAUGAUUUGGAUGAAAAAAUUCAAUGCAAAGUUUUAGAUUGUGACACGAUAAGUCAAGUGAAAUCUAAAAUUCUAGAUGCUCUUUACAAGAAUACUCCUUUUUCGUUAAAGCCGUCCGUUCACGAUGUAGAUCUAGAAUGGAGACACGGCCGCGGUGGCCAUUUAACACUUCAAGAUGAAGAUCUGACUACCAAGUGUAGCGGCGAAUGGAAGAAGAUAAAUACAUUAGCUCAUUAUGGCGUUAAGGAAUCUGCAGUAAUGUCUCUUAUUCCUAGACAAAAUGAUGGCUUUCCUGUUCCUUGUAAACUACCGUGUCACGCAUGCAAGCCAUCCCAUUAUCAUCAUCAACAACAACCGAUUCAUCAUCAUGGCCAUCAUCACCAUUUACAUCGACAUGCAAAUCAUUGUUCGUCCACUCACCUUCCAUCUGCACCAAAUCACAGCUUAAUAAGUCCUAUAAUGUAUAAUCAUCCUGUUAGCGGCUGUUAUUUCGAUUCUCAACAUUCACCCCCGAUAAUAACGGCAAAUGGUGAUGUUGAGAGUGGACACGGGGGUAAUCAACGAUUAUACCAUUUGGUGAGGCCUAUAGAAGAAGUACAUUACCCUCCUGGAAUGGGUUUCACGAGUAAUAAACACCAUCAUCCUGAACGAACCCACAAAGCCAUUCCCGAAAUAUUCUUAACGAGAUUGCUUUCAACGAAAGGCACUGUCCAAAAGUUCGUUGACGACUUUCUUAAUACGAUAUUGACAGCUAAUGAAGCACUGCCUAGUGCUGUUAAAUGGUUAUUUGACCUGUUGGACGAAGCUGCCAAACAACAUGGUAUUGUAGAUCCAGAAGUGGCACACGCGUGGAAAUCCAAUAGUUUGCCAUUAAGAUUUUGGGUGAAUUUUAUUAAAAAUCCAGAUUUCAUGUUCGAUAUAAACAAGUCUACGACAGUCGACUCGAGCCUUUCUGUAAUAGCACAGACAUUUAUGGAUUCAUGUUCCAUGACAGAACACAGAUUAGGCAAAGAUUCUCCGUCGAAUAAAUUACUUUUUGCCAAGGAUAUACCACAUUAUAGAGAAAAGGUCGGUCGUUUCUAUAUGGAUGUACAGAUGUUGCCACAAAUUACAGAUCAGGAAAUGUCUAGUGCCAUGCAACAAUUGAGUGCAUCUCAUGCAAAUGAAUUUGACGUAAUUGUAGCAUUGAGAGAACUGUACAUUUAUGUCAGCAAGUAUUAUGAACAAAUUUUAGAGGCCUUGGAGACAGACGCAGGCUGUCGCAAAUUACACCUAGCACAUAAACUAGAAAAUGUAGCGUGCACGCUCCAAGGAGAAGAGACUAGUGCCUGCUGACACAACCUCCUACCUUCCAUCCCAGGACCUAUCGACCUCUCCAGAAACACUGACUAGUGCCUCCACUUCAUGAAUCAGAUACACCUCGUUACAUAUGUACAAAUAUACACGCCAUGUGCAUAACAAUGCCGUAAGUAUGUGUGAUUUUGCUAAGGAUAGCCACGUGAUAGUGCACGGGAUGUCAUAAUCCUGUUGCAGUGUUUUGUUUGUGUCAUUAAAUGCACUGGCGAACAUGCAUAGAUAUUAACAAGCAGUAUUGGCAAUUUUAAUCCUUAAACCUAACUUGUAAUAUAAUAUAGAGGUAAUUUAAAAUGAUAAAUUGAAUGCCUACUGUAAAAUAUAUUGAUGAGACGAGCGACUGAAAUACUCAUUUGAAUCUCAAUGAUAGUAUGUGUGAUAUAUUGCAUGUAAAACUUUCGCACUAGAGAUCUUGGCUACUCAAAGAUAUUGUGCUAUAGUACAUAAAAAUACAUAGGUUUAAGGAUUAGAGAUGCAAAUUAAUUAAUGUGAUUAUUCAUUAGAAAGUGAAUGUGACUUUUAAAUUCUGACUAAGUGAAUAUCUAUGCAUUUAUAAAUAGAACAAAACGUAUAUAUACAACACACAAAUAAUACGUGCAAGAAGAGAACAAGUGAAAAAGCCAUUGUGUCCACCAGACUGUCUGUACGAAAGGUGUACGGCAGCGAGUAGUCUGUGAUCCGAGCACGAGUGGCUAUGCCUACUAUCUUCAUUACGAUAUAUAAUUAUUAAUAUGUUAUAUAUAAAUAUAUAUAUAUAUAAAUAUAUAUAUACACAUGAAAAAUAUAUAAAGCAAAAAUCACGCAACACACACUUUCAUGGAUUGUAGUGAGCUAGCUAGAGAGGGACUAUAUAUGUAUUAUAAGUUGAAGGGUUAAAUGCUCUGUUGAAAGAGGCAAAAUAAGAGAUAAUAUUAAAUUAAGACGAUUAAAAUAACUUUAGCGAAAAAUUAAAUGAUAAAGAGUUAUGUGAGCAGCUCAGUCAGUUUAGGCCUAUCUACUUUUAUUACGUAAAAACGUCUUUAUUACACAUUGUUUAGAAUUCAUAUUUUGUUCAUACUUGUUUUAGGCAAUCAUAUGGAUAUGAAAUAUCGUUGUUGUGUAAUUUGCAAUCGUCGUUUUCAGGAAGAAAAAAAAAUCAGUAAGAUCAUCAUCAUUGUCAUGGUUUAUUUUAUUCUAAUAAUACGUGUGUGGCCAAGAUAAAAAAGAGACUAUAGCGAACAAAUCUUGACCACAUAUGUGUGAAAUUUUUAUUAUUACAAUUACGAGUCAUUAUUGUCAUUAUUACUGCUACUAUUAUAUUAUCAUCUCUAUCAUUACUACAUUACUAUUCAUACUACUACUACUACUACUAUUAUUGCUACUAUUACUAUUACUAUUACUACUACUAUUACUUAUAUACAUAUUAUUAUUAACACUGAUCAUUCAAUAAUGAUGAUUCUUAUCGUAUAUUAUUAAGAGGAACCGUAUAACAAAUGCAAAAAAAAUGUUUUAUAUGAUUGGAUAUACAUAAUAUACACACGCAAUAUUUUUUAUUUUUUUUUUUUUUUUUUUUUUUUUCUAUUUCUUUUUUUUCCAUCAUCAGAUUAGGAGAGACAACAACAGUAUUGAACAAAAUGUGUAUAUUUGUCAAGAAGCACUUUUCAUCUAUUUUACGAGACGUAAAGAAGAAAGUCACUGAUGCAAAUGCAUCAAAGACAAUUUUGUCGUUUACAACGACAUUUACAUAGUAUUCCUUUAUAAAUGCAUUUUAUGUUUAGUUAAUAUAAGACUGGCUCAUUUUUUAAGUCACAUUCUUGAGAUGAUCGUUAUUCAUCUCACACAUGUAUUAUUCCGAACAAAAGAAAGAAUUUAAUCAAUUCAGCGCGCACUGCCAAGGCUCUUUAUGCGCUACAUUAUAAAUUCUCGAUCGGUUUAACAAGAAAUACGUAUUUAAAGUGUUACUCAGAUCGAAUUAAAAAAAUAAAAAAAGAA